AUGGGAACUCUCACGAGCUGUAGUUUUAGCACAGUGAAUUUCAAGUCCCGUUCGUUUCCUAUCGCCAAUGGUGUGUCUAGCGAAAGGGUUACGUUAAAUGAUCUCAAGAAAUGGAAAGGUCAUUACUUUUUUUGCAAAGGAAUUUCGAAGAGGAGAGGUAGCGAUAGUUACAGGGGUGUUCUUAGGAUAAUUAGGUGUUCUAGUACUAAUAAUAACGACUACAAUGACGAUAAUGGUGGAGACAAUAGAGAAGCGAAUGGUGACACUUUAUUGAAAGAUUCCAGUGUCAAAACGGCGGCCCCUGAAGAUGCUGGAGAGAGAAGAAGCAACGGCAAUGAGUUAAGUUCUGAUGAGGCACCUCCUUCUGUUUCUUCAAGACCACCAACUAGAUCACCAGUUGGACCAGCCUACAAUAAUUUCCAAGUUGACUCUUUUAAGUUAAUGGAGCUUCUUGGGCCUGAAAAGGUUGAUCCCGCUGAUGUAAAACUAAUCAAGGAAAGCCUUUUUGGGUAUUCGACAUUUUGGGUGACGAAAGAAGAACCAUUUGGCGACCUUGGUGAGGGCAUUCUGUUCCUUGGAAAUUUAAGAGGGACGAGAGAAGAUGUGUUUGCCAAACUUCAGAUAAAACUGGCUGAGGUCACAGGUGUUAAAUACAAUCUUUUUAUGGUAGAGGAACCUAAUUCAGAAGGACCAGACCCACGUGGUGGACCACGUGUUAGCUUUGGUUUGCUGCGGAAAGAGGUUUCUGAACCUGGGCCAACAACUCUUUGGCAAUAUGUGAUUGCUCUUCUGUUAUUCCUUUUGACCAUUGGCACCUCUGUGGAAUUAGGAAUUGCAUCUCAGAUCAACCGACUUCCUCUUGAGGUAGUUAAGUACUUCACAGAUCCAGAUGCCAUUGAGCCUCCAGAUAUGGAGUUGCUAUACCCCUUUGUGGAGACUGCGCUGCCUCUAGCAUAUGGUGUACUGGGAGUUCUCCUAUUUCAUGACUCAAGCAAUCACAUAGAGAACAAUUUGGCAAAUUUGUGA